CCCAUACAAAAGAUUUCAGUCUUCAGAGUUUCCGCAGAAGGAGCUCUCCGCUGGCGUUGCGCAACCAACAAAGCUCAACGUCAUAAUCACCAAGCAAUCGCCAAUCGGCUGAUGAUAUACUACGAAACAAGAAGUCGCUAAUUAUCCCGAGGCGCCCAUCGGUUUUAAAAUAUCCUAGUUGCGUGCGUCGCCAUCCUCUCUUGCUCGGUCGCCUCGAUCGCCCGGUCCUGGCGUGGAUAAAUCGUCUUUCUUGCUGUUCUGGAUUCUUCUUCUCGCUUGUUUUCCCUCUUGUUGCUUGCUUUCGUUCUCGUUCUCGUUCUCUCUCCCUGACCGAGGAAGACGAAUCAGAUUUGGAGAUCGUGUGGAGAGCCUACAAGUGGCGCUUCUGGGCUCUGGGAGAAGGACAGCCUGUGUCUCUAUUGGCAGUUCUUGUCUUCUUGAGCAAGGAGGACGAGGAAAGGGAAGACAUGGAAGAGGAAUCCGGCGCAGCUUCAAGGUACUACUGCCACAUGUGCUCGCUGAUCAUACGGCCCGAGCUGGGCAUCGAGGAGCUGAAGUGUCCCCACUGCCACACCGGCUUCGUGGAGGAGAUGGCGGGCGACCGGCGAGGCAGCGACGGCGCGGCCAUCCGAGGCCGUGCUCCCGCGGAUGAGGCGAGCUUUAACACCUCGGACGCGGCGCUGGAGCGCGAGGUUUCGCUCUGGGCGCCUGUGCUCAUGGACUUCAUCGCCGCCUCGUCCGGCCGCCACGGCCUCGACGGCGGCGGCGGAGGGGACCUCGCGGCUCUGGCGCGAAGGCAGUACCGCAACAUCGCCCUCCUGCAGCUGCUCAACGCGCUCCAGGAAGGAGACGCCGACGGCGGGCGCGAGCGGGUCGUGCUCAUGAGCCCCGCGGACGCGCGCGCCAUGCUCAUGGGACAAGAGCGAAGGGACGGCGACGCGCGCGCCGCCCUGGGCCCCGGCGGCCUGACGCUCGGGGACCUGUUCCUCGGCCCGGGGCUGGACCUGCUGCUGGAGUACCUGGCCGAGACCGACCCGAGCCGGCAGGGCACGCCGCCGGCCAGGAAGGAGGACGUGGCCGCGCUGCCGAUGGUCCGGGUGCGCGAGGCCUUCACCUGCCCCGUGUGCCUGGACGAGGUCGCGGGCGGUGGCGAGGCGCGCGAGAUGCCGUGCAGCCACCGGUUCCACGACCAGUGCAUCCUGCCGUGGCUGGAGAUGCACAGCUCCUGCCCAGUGUGCAGGCACCAGCUGCCCACGGAGGAGCCUGCGGCGGAGGCAAUUGGCAGCGGCAGAGGCGCCGGUGAUGAGUCCAGUGGCAACGCGCGCGGCGGCGACGGGGGAAAUGGCGGCGGGAGGAGGCAUUGGUUCUCGUGGCCCUUUGGCGGGCUGUUCUCGCAAAGAUCCAACGGCAACUCCUCCUCGUCGUCGUCGUGAUCGUGAUGCUAAUGAACACUUAAACACAGAUGAUAUAUAUACUUAUGUUGGUGUAGGUAGGGGCUUGUCUUGUACUUUACGAUUGGAGAUGGGAGGGGUUCUUUUUUUUUGGCCAGUGUAAAGCUGCAUUUGUGUUCUUUGGCUGUAGUUUUGCUAAAGCUCAGGUGGAUGGAGAUUGGAGAUUGCAUCUUCUGACUGAUGCUCCUAUGGUUUGGUUUCUGUUGGAAUUUCAUUCUCUCAAAUCUGUUUUGUUGCAAACUACAGUAAUUCUACAAGCUUUAUUGCAAA